AUGGCGAGGAGCUCGUUCAAGCUGGAGCACCCCCUCGAAAGGAGGCAAGCUGAGGCUAACCGCAUCAGGGAGAAGUACCCUGAUAGAAUCCCUGUCAUUGUUGAGAAGGCCGAGAGGAGUGACAUCCCAGACAUUGACAAGAAAAAGUACCUUGUUCCUGCCGACCUCACAGUUGGACAGUUUGUGUAUGUGGUACGGAAGCGCAUCAAGCUCAGCGCUGAGAAGGCUAUCUUCAUCUUCGUGAAGAACACCCUCCCACCAACAGCUGCUCUGAUGUCCGCCAUCUACGAGGAGAACAAGGACGAGGACGGCUUCCUCUACAUGACCUACAGCGGCGAGAACACCUUCGGGCUGCUCUGA